AUGGUUGUGGGCGCCGGUGGCGAGUGGAGUUUGGGUGGUGACCAACGAGCGGUUGUGCGGCUGUCACUGGCCCGAGAGCUGGCCUUGGAACCGGAGCUCGAAGAAGAGGGCGCGACGCUGCUGCGGGACGCCGGCCCGCCACGUCUUGUUCUUAUGACCAAAACACAAUUAGGGGGCCCCCGUGGCAAGUUCACUCACAAGGCGCUAACACUGACAAAUGUUAUUACGCUGGUGGAAACCCGGCAAACGUCUCGUGGCAAGCUUCACAAAUUGCAGGUGGAGCACGUCAUUUUGGUGUCACAGACCACACAAGAAGGUCAAAUGCAACACAACAAGGCCAAGUACCGUAGAGAGAGCAGGCUGGCUGACAUAGAGGCUACAAUUGCCUACUUCGAUGAGAAAGCAAAGGAAGAUCCAGAUUUCUUCUACAGGAUAAGGUUGGACGAUGAGGACCGUGUCAGGAACAUGUAUUGGGUGGAUGGUGCUGCAAGGAGAGCCUACAAACAUUUCCGAGAUUGCAUUUCAUUCGACGCGACGUACCUCACCAAUAUGUACAAGAUGCCAUGCGCUCCGUUCAUAGGAAUAAAUAACCACAAUCAGUCGUUGCAGUUCGGCUGCGGGCUCGUUCGGAACGAAGACACGGAUGGGUACGUCUGGUUGUUCAAGACCUUCUUGGAGUGCAUGGAUGGACUUGCGCCGAUGAACAUAAUAACAGACCAGGAUUUCAGCAUGCGUGCAGGCAUAGAGGAGGUCUUUCCGUUGGCAGUGCACAGGCACUGCAGGUGGCACAUUAUAAAGAAGGCUGAGGAGACGCUAGGACCGUUCUUUGCUGACCGUCCAGAGCUGCACAAGGCAUUCGAGCUGUGCGUGGACCACAGCUUGACGGUCGAGGAGUUUGAAAGGAGCUGGAUGGCCAUGGUUGAAACACAUCAAACUACGCAGCGCAGCGAGGGGUUCAAUGCUGUUUUGAAGCGAUACGUGAGUCCUGGCAACUCAUUGCUACAGUUUGCCAAGCAGUACACAGCUCUGCAACAAAAAAUUCUGGGAUCUGAGCUACAGCAAGAAGCUACCACCGCGCUAAAGCAGCCGAAAUUGCUAACGUAUUUACCAAUGGAGAGGCAAAUGAGCAAGAUAUACACAAACAAGAUCUUUAACAAAUUCCAAAAAGAAAUAAAACGUGCCAGCAUGUUCACAGCUUUUCAGGUGGACGAACAUACGUUCAAGGUGUGUUCUAUUUUGGGCAUGUCGGAUUCAGAACCUGAAGACCCAGACAAAGGAAGGAACUACUUCGUGAAAGCCUCGAUCGAGCAAGGCGAAUACUACUGCCAAUGCUGCAAGUUCGAACGGGACGGCAUUGUGUGUUGUCACAUACUAAAAGUAAUGGACAUGAACGCUGUGACACGGAUGCCCCGCCAUUUCAUAAGGCGGCGAUGGACUUGGGACGCUGACGACGCGUUGGCGCCGCAGACAACACACGCGGUUCUGGCUGUGCAUGACGAGAGACCUGAGUCAACCAUGGAAGCCGUGAGGCACGUUGUGCUGACAAAGAACUAUGCUGAGCUAAUUGAUGAAGCGUGCAAGAGUGAUGAGACAGCGAGAGUCGCAGAAAAACACAGGAAGGCACUGAAAAGAGAGCUUGAUGAGAUCAAGAAGAGGAAAGCUGAGGAAGCCUUACACCAGUUCCCCCGCACAUCAAGUGUGCCUUCAUCGACGGGGCCAUCAUCUGAAAACUCGGAGAUAGGAUCUGGAACAGCAAGCACACAAACC